AUGGACGCUCUCUCACCGCGAUCAACAAAUCAGAUGAUCAAGCCUAAGCCCAUCAUGGAGCGAAAAAUCGCCAGCAAAAGCGCCACCGCUGCCAGUCAAAAACCCCCGUCCAAGAAUCAUGCCGAUCCACCGCCCUCAUUAGUCCCCGAACCGGUGGAAGGCGGAGAGCGAUAUGCGAUUGGUGGAUUCUUAGGCAAAGGAGGGUUUGCGGUUUGUUACGAGGGCACAUUAGCGCGCAAUGGUCGCGUGUAUGCGAUGAAGGUCGUCAAGUCUCAGAUGCCGCAAAAAAAAAUGGAGGAGAAGUUUCGAACCGAGCUACAGAUUCAUUCAAAAAUGCGACACCCAUUUGUCGUGCAGUUCUACCGUGCUUUUUCAUUUGAGCAAAGUACAUAUGUGGUCCUGGAGCUGUGUCCAAAUGGGUCAGUGAUGGAUAUGGUGCGGAAACGACGAUACCUAUCAUUGCCUGAAGUAAGACGAUUCAUGAUUCAACUCUGUGCCGCCAUGAAGUACCUACACAAGAGAUUUGUUGCGCACCGCGAUUUGAAGAUGGGGAAUUUGUUUCUCGACCAUAACAUGAACAUCAAAGUUGGAGAUUUUGGCCUGGCUGCCAUGAUUCUGUCCGACAAGGAUGCCAAAAGACGAAACACAUUAUGCGGAACACCAAACUAUAUCGCACCGGAGGUUUUGGACAAGAGCAAAGGUGGCCACACGCAGAAGGUUGAUAUCUGGUCCCUUGGUGUGAUUUGUUUUGCCAUGUUGACGGGAUACCCACCAUUCCAAUCGAAAACACAAGAGGAGAUCUACAAAAAAGUCCGCAACUUGGCCUAUGUGUGGCCGAAAGACUCGGAAAACAACAAUCAUAUUCCCGAAGAAGCCAAAGAUUUGGUCAGUGCAUGUUUAAAUCUUGUUGACGAAGAGCGUCCAGACCCGGAUGACAUUGUUGAGCACCCAUUCUUCAACAUGUAUGAUGGCUGCAUUCCCCGGCAGUUAGAUGCAAGCUGUCGGUUUAACAAGCCAAUAUGGCUAAAAGACCAGGCUCCCCGGGGUGACGUGAUGGUUGGUGGAUAUAGCUUAGACUCGGAUGAGAAGCUGCGUGGGUAUGUAUACCAGGUGGACGACCCAAGCCAGCGCUACCACUCCUGCAAGGCGGCCUUUUAUUCUCUCUGCGGCGUUGGACGCAAACCGGAUGGGACAGCUCGCAAAUCUGUAGGGCGAAACUGCGCGAAAUCGGCCUACUCAGAGUGCGAGACAGAAGAUGCCAGAGGCCUCCGUCCAUCCAUUCCCCUACCCAUGGACUUUGUAUAUCAAUGGCCCCAUGACCUUGAGGGCGAUUGGUGUCUUACAGAGUCAACUCGGAAAGUGGUUCCCAGCUCAGAUGGACCCUUUGACAGUAGUACCUUAUCCAGGCGGGCUGUAUCCGCUCGUACCACCACAACGGCUGCCACCCGAACGAAUGCGGCACUUGCUGCUGCCCACCAGCGGAGGAUGGAGCCACAGAGUCAUGCUGCGACACUUCGUCAGCAGGGCCGACCUGGUAUGGUCUCUCCUCGAAAGGCUCCGGGAAUGGGUGAGCAUGAAUCAGCAAGGCCCUACAGGGAUGUGCAAGAGUCUCAACCUGCACUACCAUCGGUUCCCGAUAUGCCCUCAGCUGGCCUCGCAGAGCGCCCUAUCCGAACUCGACGGAUGGCAUCUGCAUCCCAAGCGUCAACGCGGGAGAUUGAAAGACCGCAGUUGACCAAAUCUACUAGCAUGCCUUCGGGUCUGACUAUUGGUAAGACUAGAUCCCAAUCCCGGAGAUUGGAAGCUGCCAGCCAAGGACCGUCCAUGCCUAUUGUGGAAGCCAAACUGCCGCGGCCAGAGGAUGACAGGUUAAGCGGCCGACAGACAUCAUUGCGAUCACUGUCUCGACCUGAUUUGAAAAUCGCUUCUGAAAGGGUAGAGCGACCAAAAAUUAUCAGCCCCACCGAAUCAGUAUUCACAUCGAGUACGCAGUCCAAGCCAGUAUCGACCUCCCAUGGAAUCGGAAGGACUAACAGCAAAGGGGCGUCGUCAACGAAACCUCGCUCUAGCCUUGGCCUUACUCCUCUCUUCCAUCAUGAUGAUGUUUUUGAGAUCCUGCCGGGCACUUCUUUGAGCGAAGUCAACACCGAAUUGCGUCUCAUGUUGUCCAACCUUGUCAGCCAAUCCACCCGCCGCAGAAGUGGACCUCGGAAGCAGCCCCACGCAUACGUUAUUAAGUGGGUUGACUACACCAAUCGUUACGGUAUAGGAUACGUGUUAGACGAUGGUAGUGUAGGGUGUGUCUUCAAGGGUGAAAACGGCCAGCCAGCUUCCAGUGUCAUCGUGCGAGAUGGUGAAAGACACAUUCGCCGCAAAGCACGCAGCGUGGAUAACGGAGAGGAGAAGGGGAUUCCUUAUUCUGAGGCAGAAUAUCUGAUCCCUCGGAAUGGCAGCCCGGUGGAAUUCUAUGAGAACCGCGACGACGAUCUGCUGGGUUGCCGUGGCAUCCGGCGCGGGUAUAUCUCUCCAUCCUUGUUCGAUGCCAGAACCUCCAGAGUGAUGAGAUUGCGCGCCAAUGCUGGAACAGAUGCCGAAAAAUCAGACAUGGAGAAGGUCAAGCGAGUUAAACUGGUCGACCAGUUUGGCAAGUACAUGAUUGGAUCCUUGGGUCGCCAUGGCGACGAAGGUACUGAUCAUGUCUCCAGCCAUAGCAGUGGUCAAUUCAUCAAGUUUUACCAGCGGCUGGGAAACGUUGGUAUCUGGGGAUUUGGAGAUGGCGCUUUUCAAUUCAACUUCCCUGACCACACUAAGCUCGUCAUUGCUCCGGGUCGUACCCGUAGCUCCUCGCCGUGGAUCGACUUCUAUCACCUUUCACCCUCGGCUGCACGAUACUUCUCCGCAAAGGGGAAGAUGCACCCAUCCGGAUUUGAUACGCGUGCUGUGGCGUCAGAUGAGGCAGCUACUUUCCUCAGUAUUGUUAAUGGAGAAUCGCUCAACUCCAUCGAAGACCGUAUUCGAGAAAUCCUGGAUGCCAAUUCUUUCCUUCAGAAAGUGAGUUUCAUCAAGGAUGUUCUGAAAGUCUGGAUCAAACAUGGUCGCCUCGGUGGUCGUCCAAUGUCCCGGUCGGCUCCCGGUGAUGUACCGCCAGAGAUGUACUGGCAGGGUACUCAAGAGCGGGCCCAAAGUGGAAGCCCUGGAACUAAGUUCGUUUGGGUAACAGUUGGAGCUCCCGACGGGGAUGGCGAGUAUCGCUCGGUGGUUCUCAAGGAGAGCGACAAAGAGAAUACCGAGAAACGGGCAGCGAUGGAAGUGGAUAAAGAAAUGGACAUGCUGAAGGAACGACUGCGAGCGAUGGGCCGUUGA